AUGGGUUCGGUUCUGCUGCUGAAGUCCAGGUUGAGAUCUCAACUGUGUGAAAUCAUCACCUCUGAUAUUCUGCACAGUUUUCUGUACGGCAGGUGGAGAAAUGUUCUCGGAGAGCAUCUGUAUGAAGACAAACAUCAUCACAGCAGCAGCUCGAGUCCAAAAACCGCCUUCACCGCUGAAGUUCUGGCGCAAUCUUUCACUGGAGAGGUUCAGAAGCUGUCUAGUCUGGUUCUGCCCAGCGAGGUCAUCAUCGCCCAGAGUUCAGUCCCUGGAGAAGGUCUGGGGAUUUUCUCCAAAACCUGGAUCAAAGCCGGCACUGAGAUGGGCCCGUUCACCGGGAGGGUGAUCUCCCCCGAGCAUGUGGACCUGUGCAAGAACAAUAACCUCAUGUGGGAGGUGUUUAAUGAGGAUGGCACAGUCCGGUGCUUCAUUGAUGCCAGUCAGGAGGACCAGCGGAGUUGGAUGACGUACAUUAAAUGUGCCAGAAAUGAACAGGAGCAAAACCUGGAGGUGGUUCAGAUUGGCAGCAGCGUCUUCUACAAAGCUCUCGAGGCUAUUCCACCAGAUCAGGAGCUGCUUGUUUGGUACGGAAAUUCCCACAAUACCUUCCUCGGUAUUCCUGGUGUUCCGGGCACAGAGGAUGAGCACCAGAAGAAAAGAAACGAUGAUUCAUACUUGUGUGAUGCCCCACCUUCAUCACUGGCCUCCUCGUCAUCAACUGCAAGUCGCAUGCGCUGCGUCAUCUGUCACCGUGGCUUCAAUUCCCGCAGUAACCUGCGCUCACACAUGCGCAUUCACACCCAGGACAAACCGUUCGUCUGCCGCUUCUGUAACCGUCGUUUCAGCCAGUCCUCCACGCUCCGCAACCAUGUCCGCCUGCACACCGGCGAACGGCCCUACAAAUGCCAGGUCUGCCAGAGCGCAUACUCGCAGCUGGCAGGCCUGCGGGCGCACCAGAAGAGUGCCAGACACAGACCGAGCAGCUCAAACUUUGAAGCUGGACAUCCUUUGCCUCCACCGACACUAAUGCCAGCCGUUUCUCAUCACACACUGCUGCAUCAUAUUCCCACCAUGGUGCUCUGAGGGCAAAGAACGAGAUGAACUGUAAAUCAGAGUCCAGUAACGUGGCAUUUUCAAAGUGGAGCACUCUCAAAGGGUCACAUUCGAUGCUGUGGUCGCUCAGUGACCGUGGAAGACAAUUGUGUAUUAGUGAAUCAGUGGAUGUUGGACUGUAACAGUUUAUUAUCUCAAGGAGAUUCACAAAUAAAGACAAGAUGAUACUACAUGGGCCUUUGUACAACAUGUCCUCACUGAAUGCCUUAAAGUCUAGCAGAGAAAGCAAUGAGCACAUAUACAUCUUUAAUGUUCAAUCAUUACAUGUCUGGAAUGUUCCUAUCAUGCUCUUUGAAGGAAUAUUCCAGGUUCGAUACAAGUUAAUCAACAUUGUGCCACAAAUGCUGUCGAUUGAGCUUAACUUGUAUUAAAUCUGAAAUAUUCCUUUAAGAUAAAAUAGAUCCUAUUUUGUUGAUUUUAAGAUCUUUGUCUGUCCAUUCAAGUCUGCAACAUUGUUUCUGGUGAACUGCAUUCCAUGAGUAUAAAGUUAAAAUAAGAAUUCUUCUGUAAGCAGUUGCUUGGCCACUUAACAUAAGUAAUGUGUUAUAAUGAAGUUACUGUGAAGUUCUACAUUCAGUUCAGUGGCCCUGCACACAGUGUCAGUAUGAUGUAUAAAAGUUUGUAUUUUUGGUGUAUUGUAAAUAAAACGAUUCAA